AUGGUGGUGUGUAUCCUUUGGCUCGCUGUGAGGCUGCUUCCAGCCUUCAGGGUGGGUCCUUCCUUUGCUGCAUUUUCGAACCAUGCCAUAUGGCUGAAUCCAUCCAGGAGGAGCGCAACCUCCGUCGUGAAGCAAGCUUUCCAGUCCGUCCAUCGACUGAAUAGUUCGCGAUGGAUGUGGGAAGCAACGAGCAGUGCUUCCCACUUGUUGGUGCCCCUUCUCCAUGGUCGGCCAAUGGGAUCUCGUACCGUUUCUAUGCUCACCUGCUCACCUGAAAGAAUCGAAUCAUUUGGAAACUGCAAAAGUGGGUUCGUUGCUGCUUACUUGCUUCUUUUGCUGCUUACUCAUCUCGCUUCUUUUCACGCCGCGCACUUGAUGUCAUUGGCGGAGGUUGUCUUUCUCCGGAACCACUUUCCAAAACCUGCACUUUCCUGCGGAAACCAUGACACUUUUUCCAGCUCUGCUGGUCUGAUUGAUCGAUCUCUAGCCAGCCGAAGAUCCAAAGUGUAA